CAACCCACCACGUUACCGCGUUACGAGCGCAUCAAUUUUAAACACCUCACCCUUAUCCGUUCUUCAUGGCGGACAUCGAGCGCGGUUCGCGCGAGUACAAGUCGUCUUACGAGAACGACCCGGAACACGAGUCUCUUCUUCCUUCGUCCCCAUUAUCGAACAGCUCGAACAGCAACGUCCAGGCUGUAGGACCCCACUCGUGCUACACGCGGCCCCUUUUUGGGCUCAAUCACUUGCUCAUCGCAUUCGUUACCGGUACACUCGCUUGCUUUCUCACUCAAUACGCUAUCUGCGGCGCGACCUGCUUCACACACUACGCCCGUGGCAGCUCUCAUGCUGCGAGCUCUACGGCAGUUGCACUAGCCUCGCCGUGGGCAGGCUCGACGGAGAUCCACGACUUCCCCCCGGCCAAGCCAACGAAUGCAUAUCCCUCCAUGUUUCCUACUGACGUUGGAUAUCCCGGACCGACUCCCACUGGAGCCGAAGCUGCGAUCAUUGCCACGGCCCCUUCGUACCCGGUGCACAGCGGUGCACCCGUGCUAGUGACGCCAGAGAACCUGACCAGCGCCAAGGGCAAGAGCUACCCCCUUCUCAAGAAAUGGGGAAACCUCUCACCGUGGUACAGCAACGAGCGGGGUACUUUUGGGGUCGAUUCGGGCCCUGAGGUGCCUGAAACAUGCCGAGUGACCGGACUGCACUUCUUGCACAGGCACGGGGCACGAUACCCCACUGGUUACGCUUCUUAUGGCGGCCCUUCGAGCCUUGCGGGUCGGCUUCAUGCUACUGCUUCCAACUGGAAGGCUUCCGGCCAGCUCAACUUCUUGAAUGAUUGGACUUACAAACUUGGGGAAGAAGUGCUUACACCCUUUGGACGGCAGCAGCUUUAUGAUCUUGGCAUUUCACUGCGACUCAAGUAUGGGUUCCUGCUCAAAAACUUCACUGAAACGAAUACCAUCCCCGUUUUCCGCACGGAGUCACAAGAUCGGAUGCUGGCUUCUGCCAUGAAUUUUGCCAUUGGGUUCUUUGGUUAUCCAUUCGAAGGCCAAUACCAACAGAGUAUCACCAUCGAAGCCGGUGGCUUCAACAACACGCUCGCGCCAUACAAAACUUGCCCUAAUGCGAACGACAAGGUCAAGUCAGAUCGGGGGCAUGACCAUGUAUCUAACUGGGCCGACGUCUAUCUUAAAUCCGCUCGGGCGCGUUUGCAAGCCCAGCUGCCUGGAUAUGAUCUUUCCAUUGAAGACACAUAUAUCAUGCAGCAAAUGUGCGCCUAUGAGACUGUGGCUCUCGGCUAUUCGAAGUUCUGCGAGCUUUUCACAGAGGAGGAAUGGGACGGCUUCGAUUAUUCCCUGGACAUCUUCUUCUGGUACAACUCAGGUUUCGGUUACCCGCUGGCUCGUGCGUUGGGCGUUGGCUAUGUGCAGGAGAUGGUCGCGCGACUGACCCAUACCCCGAUCCCGAUUCACAACACUUCAACUAACGGAACUCUGAAUGACGACCCCAUCACUUUCCCGUUGGACCACAGUCUAUACGUCGAUGCGACCCAUGAAGUGGUUGUACUCCAGAUUCUGACGGCACUCAACUUAACGACCUUGGCUGCACAAGGACCUCUCCCGGAUGACCACAUUCCCACGAACCGCACUUUCAAAGUGUCCCAACUUGCUCCCUUCGCGACUAAUGUCCAGUUCCAACUCUUAUCCUGCACUUCCACUCCCGGAGACCAGAUCCGAGUCAUUGUCAACGACGGGGUCGUUCCGCUGACUGGGAUCGAAGGAUGUCCUGAGCAGAAGGAUGGGAUGUGUCCGGUAGAUGCCUUUGUCGCUGCCCAGAAGAAGAUCAUCUCGGAGACAGACUGGGUCUAUAACUGCCAUGUCGACUGGGAUAUAGCCGAGGGCUGGGAGACCACCACGGGAGAACCUCCCAGGCCCUAAUUUGCAGACCUGAAUCUGGUAUAUGUCAUAUUCUAGACCAUACUUAUCUAACAUUGUGCAUUGCCUGGGAGAAAAGUGGACAGAGAGUGUCAAGCACGGAAUCUUCGGAUCCAGUUCAUUGACGGGACGAGCAGGUGGAGUAUAGAAAGUAUUGUUUCACAAAAGCUUGAGAUUGUUUGAGCCUUCAAAUUUUUGAAUGAGUAUCUAGUGGUGCUUUUGAAAAAUCAUCUGUUCUGUCUUAUUUAGCUGUUGACUAGAUAUUGCCAGAAGAUCUGUGGUGGACAUAUCAACUACUGGUGGAGUGGGGAACACGUCAUAAUUGGGAGAUGAUUGGGGAGCAAUUAGUCUGGAGCAAUGUGACAAUCAACCCAAAAAAUGAAGUUGAAAAGAGAAGUGAA